GGUCCUUACGUGACACAGGGCAUGUUUCAAACCAUCGGCGGGAGAUUAAAGUUUCGUUCAUUGCGGCUAUUUUAUUGUCAUUCUCGACUAAAUUGUGAUUAAACAUGUUAAAUAUUUAUUGUACGUUACAUUCAAAUAACCCAUGUAUAUUGUAAGCCAGGUCUGAGUGCCGCAUAAUCGCCCUUCUGCUUUGUGUUUUGAAUUUGACUUGUAUCUGUCACAAUCCAAACACAUGGGGGAAAUCUAACGACUGAAUUUGAACAGGAUGGAGCCCUCGAAAUUUGUGGUCAAGUGUGGGAAUUACGCCGUGCUGGUGGAUCUUCACAUAUUGGCCUUAGGCGACCAAGACAAUGCCAACUGGUUCUCUCCAGCGCACAGGAAGGAAGUGGGCUCUUUGAUUAGGGAUGCAUUGGAGCCCAGGGUGAGGCAGUUCCAAGAGGCCAGAUACCAGAAGAUCCAGUCCAAACCAAGGAAAGAUCUCACCCCGACUGCCCCUCUUUGUCUUGAAGGUGGGAAUGUUCGCCUAGCGGUGCACUUCAUGAAACGUCAUGUCAACCUGAGAUGCAUUGUCAGGCAGCACUACAGAGAGUUGCGUGUAUUUCCCGAGCGUGUUGUAGUGUGUGCCAGUCCUCCAGAGAAUUCCGCACUUCCCAAUGGAAAUCUGAACCUGGAUGUGAGUGAACAGAGUCAGUCAAAAUACUUUUCUAACUCUGGUGAGACGGCAAAUCCAUUACCAAUCUCCACAGCUACAAAAAGAGCUGUCCUUCAGAAGAUUGCCAGAAAGACAAAAAUCCAGCCCCCACGAUCGCAAGAUAAUCAAGAGUCCAAAACAGGACAAUUUCAAGCAGACAAUGCAGAGAAGGGCUCUAGAUCUGUCCUUCAGAGGAUAACCAGACAGGCAAACAUCCAACCCCAACAGUGCCAAGAUGAUCAAGAGUCCAAAUCAGGCCAAGUUCAAGCAGACAAAGAGGAGAAUGGGUCGGGAGAUGUCCUACAUAAGAUAGCCAAAGAGACAAACACCCAACCUCCACAAUCCCAAGAUGAUCAAGAAUUCAAAUCAGGCCAAUUUCCAGCAGGCGAAUCAGAGAAGGGAUCUAGAUCUGUCCUUCAGGAGAUUGCCAGACAGGCAAACAUCCAAUCCCCACAUUCCCAAGAAGAUCAAGAGUUCAAAUCAGGCCAAUUUCAAGUAGCAGAGGAGUGUGUGGAAGCAUGUCUCCCAGUCCCCAUAUCGGUCUCAAGCAUUGAGUCAUUGGUGGACGGGAAAGCAUUGUCGUCAUCUAAAUUAAGUAACAAUAAAGAUGUCACCGAAUCCUAUCUUGACACCACCGGUCCAAGAAGACGCCCACGGGCCCCGAGUAGCUCAGGAGAGGACGCUGACCACCAAAAGACAAAAAGAUUGCGACUUGGACAGUCUGCAGUGUCAAGCGAUUCCAACAAUCCCUCUUCCGGCUACGCCGCACCAGACUCUGUUUGCAGUCCCCAGCCUGAGAUUUCACAGACUAACCAAAGCGGGCUGGCCACAAGUCUAAGAGGCCUAUCCGUCAAGCCCGUAUCCUCUGGGUCCUCUAUUAGUUCCAGACCGGCCGCCAGAGAGGAAAGGAAGGGGGGUGAACCCAGAACAUCCCGAUUACGCCGGCUCAAGAAGUCCUGAGGGGUGCAGUGGCGUACAACGAGAGCGGAUAUCUGACGCCACCUCCAUGGAUCUUACAGUACACACUUCUACUGUAAUGCUGUCUGUCAGCAGUAGUUGCACAAGAGUUCACCACACACAGCCUUUGCACAUACAGUAUUUCGCUUCUGCCUUCCAAGUAAUAACACACACACACAAACUGCUUGUAUUAGAUUACAGAGAAGCUUUUAAAAGUUUGAAUAAGUUCCACUAGCUUUGAAGCAACUCGUGCAAAUCGUAACUUUGCUCUAAACAAAAACACAAAUACAGUUUGCGCAUUCUGCGUAAGAGUUGUAUUUCAGACUAACGGGAGCCGCAGAGCACACUGUGGCUCCAAGCCCAAAUCUCUGGCUCCAUCCGUCUGAAAUCUCCCCUCUUCCAGCUUCAGCUGAGCACAUGAUUGAUUUCGCUGUGUUCUCACACACACCACGCUCUUUAAGCGAUCAGGGCUUUUCACCGUUGGAGCCGACUGCCGUCUCUUUGCGGUUAUUAUUUGUAAAUGUGUUAUUGCUUUUCGUAACAGCUAAAAGUCUUCUGCGGGAUGAUUGACAACGUUGUGGAACGCUGCAGUGCCUCUCGCGUCCGAUAUUUGGCUAAUCACGGGUGCAGUCGACAUUGAUGUAGUGUGUGAUGGCAGGAUGAUUAUACGUACGGACAGAAAUGCUCACAUGAGAGUCACAUGCUCGGUUUUCCAAUCGUACUUACAAAUUACUUGAUGUUUAUGUCAUUAGGAUAAUAGAUAUGUGUCAUGAAUAUGUUAUUAAAAUCGAUGAAUAUUGUUUCGUUAUAGCACCAUAACAAUGCAGAGUUUACAGUUACUGUACAGUACUUUUUAAAGUAAUUUUACUGUAAAUUCUGUAAUGAAAACCAUUAAAGAUGGAAAUCGUUUGUUUGAUUGAAAUCGUCACUUGGUUCAUGUUAUCUGUUGUGCUGCCUCACAUAAUAAUUCAUAUUUUACUACUACUUAAACAAGCAAUGUGUAUUAUUUAGAAACCUAUUUAUUUAUUAUUGCCAAUGUUUUUAUGGCAGUACAGUAUGCUGACAGUAAAUAAAAGAUGGAGAUGGGAUUGGGAAAAGUGCGUGAGUUGGGAUGCCUCCAGCACAGUUGUGCUAUAUAUUUCUAUACGGCACACUGCCCUGUAGGCUAUCAAUGCUGAAGAAACGCAUUUUUAGCACCACCGGUGGUCUUUUUGUGUACUGCAGCCAGAAAAUUAUUGCUUGUGCGUACAUGUAUGUUACACACAACAGAUUAAACAUGAUUUAUUGCCACUAUA